ACACCCCCCCAAUCCAACCAAGCGAGUAUCCCCAACCUCCAACUCUCACACCCCCAGCGACUCUCAAGAAACUGCACACUUCUUGCGUCAAUGAUGAUAUCCAAUCAAUCCGGGACAUUCUCAACUUACGAAACUCUUCUUCAUCGGAGGACUUCAGCAUAUGCGAUUGCUACGCGAUUAUGAUCGACGCCAUCAACCGACACAAAGUCCAGUUCAUCAGCGAACCUCUUGAUCGCGGCUUGCCCAUGGAUCCACUCUAUGCACUGGAAGCCGUCGAGGUACAAGGGAAGGAUACUCUGGAAGUUUUCCUUGAGAAAGGUUGGGAUAUCAAUCAGUCUGUUAGCGAGCUUAGACCUCCUGUACUUGGCUACGCUAUCACAGACGAAGAAAUAACAACAUGGCUCCUCAACCACGGAGCCGAUCCCAAUCAACAAUGCAUAAUAGACCUCACCCCACUCUCCCUCGCCGUCGAGAGCGCCUCGAUAUCAGUUAUCCAGCUCAUGUUCAGACAUGGCGGAGAUGUCCGAAAGGGCCAGCUCCUUCAUCAUGCAGUUGAACGGUGCUCAGAUAAUAUCCCCGUCUUGAAACUUCUCAUUGCAAAUGGGGCAGAUAUUAAUUCGACGAUGUACGAGGGGCAUUAUUCUUCGAGAGCGCUAUUCUGCUUCAUGCCUCGCGGGACGGCGCUGCAUAAGGCUGCUGGGUUUGGGAAAGUGGAUGUAGUUCGUUAUUUGGUUGAUGAAGGUGUUGAUCUGAGUAUUAGGGAUGCGAAUGGGCGCACGGCGCUGGAGUAUGCGCGGAUGUUGGAUCAGGGGGAAGUUGUGCGGGUGCUUGAGGGAGGUAGUUAGGCUGUCUUUUUUGCAUUCAGGUGUUGUUCAAGAUAACCAGAUUCAUAUUCUU